UGAAUUUUAAUUUUUAAACCGUCAAUUUUAAAGUUAUCAGAAUUAUGGCAAAAAAACCAAAAUCCAGAACUAUUCUUGUAAAACUAUUAUCUACUGCUGGCACUGGUUGGUUUUAUACAGCAAGUCGUCCUCGAUUAUCACCAAAAUUAUCUUGUAUUAAGUUCGAUCCUAGAGUAAAUAAAAGAGUACUUUUUGAAGAAGCUAAAAUCAAGUAAUUGAACUUUCUAUGAAAGCAUUUUAUAUGAUUUAUAGCUUUAUAUG